AUGGGGAAUGCUAUGAGAGGUGUCAUUGCCUUCAUCCCCUCCAAGCACUGUCAGCGUUUCUUAGUUGGGGACUUGAAGGAAAUGCCUCUUGAUCGUACCUUAGACCUAAGCAGCCGACAGCUGCGCCGACUGCCUAUUGCUGCUUGUUUCUUUGAUGAACUGGUGAAACUCUACCUGAGUGACAACAAUCUAAGUAGCUUACCAGCUGAACUGCAGGGCCUUAGGAAACUGCAGCUUCUGGCACUUGACUUCAACUGCUUUGAGGAGCUCCCUGCAGCUGUUUGCAGACUAACCCAACUCAAUAUCCUCUACCUGGGCAACAACAAGCUUUACAGACUCCCUGGAGAACUGGGGGAACUUAAGGAGCUUAAUACCCUGUGGCUUGAGGCUAACUACUUCACUGAGUUCCCUGAUGUGGUUUGUGAGCUUCCCAAUCUCAAGACCCUGCACCUGGGUUAUAACCAGAUACGCAAAAUACCUAAGGAACUUGUGGGGCUGGAAGAGCUAAGAAGUAUCUGGCUUGCUGGGAACGAGCUGAGUGAAUUCCCGCCUGUGUUGCUGGAAAUGCAUUUUUUGGCUGUUAUUGAUGUUGACCGCAACAAAAUCCGUCGCUUUCCAUGUUUGUCCCAUCUGAAGGGUUUGAAACUUAUAAUUUAUGACCAUAACCCCUGUAUCAAUGCCCCAGUCGUUGCAGAAGGAGUCAGAAGGGUUGGGCGCUGGGCGGACAGUUCAGAUGAUGAAGAGGAGGAUGACGCAUCAAAACCAGUGAGUGAGACCACUGCUGAGGUCAAAGAACUACCUACUGAGGGGGAAUAG